UCUUCUAGACUGAGUGGUACGGAUUCGGUAAAUGAAAUAGGUAAUGAAAGUGGCUACCGAGAGACUGAAGACGAGUCAAAUUUGAAAGACGGCAUAAAUCGGGCUACUGUCGUUGGCCGUUCUAAAUCGCCACUUGAAUCUCCAUCCCUCCAGACUGGUGCGACCAACUCUUAUAAUCCUGUUUCAAUAUGUCCCCCUGGUCAUGAGCGCACUUCACUCCGCGCCGGUGAAGUCGAUAAUGCCGCUCUAUCUCCGUCCAAUAAGCGUGCUCCAUCGCGUCACCAGCAAGUUGUUAUACAACCUUCAAAUACUCUUAUUCCCCCUUCAAUGUCCUCGCCCAUCGGACCCAGCGCCAGGUAUAGCCCUCGAUGUCUUAGCUCUGAUUCUGGAACCCUAGGUAACAGUAGCUGUUUUAGUGGUGCAGCAUCCUCGAUGGUCAACUUUGUAACGCCAGGCUACAAACCUACAGGAUUUUCUGGAACCUCAAAGGAAUUAGGUGAAUCUGGAGUUGGUUGUCACCAAGCCACUACUACGGGCCACCUUCCUGCCACUACGCCAAGCCAGCCAAUUUAUGAGGCACCUCUUACACCACUACUCUCACGUGAUCCAAAUCGUCAUUUUCGCUCAACGACUACCUCUCGUCCCACUUAUUCCAACAGAGCCACAACUCCGGGACCGUCAUCGUUAAGGCGUGUUGCUACACUUUCAAGUCAUCAUGCAGAUGGCCCCUCUCCCUUACCUUCAAUGGCUCCUUCUGUUUCAACUGCAGUUGGCUCUGAAGUGGUUGCAUGUUCUAGGUCAUCUAAUAUAUUAUCGUCUGCUUCCACAACUGGCAGUAUCCCAGCUUUUUACGCUCAGUGGCUAGGAGGCUCCAGUGGGACAAGUACCGGCGCUCCUUUGACAUCCGGGUCUUUGGCAACAGGGACUGGUUUCAAUACCAGCAGUGUCGGCUUAGGCGGCACUAGUGGACCUCCUAGAAAACUCACAACCGGCCCCCUCCCUUGUCUCAGUAACUCCGCCCUGCACACAAACGGCCAGAUACUGCCUACUUAUCGGCCGAGCAAACCAAAAUGA